AUGACAUCUCGUUCGAAACUCGGAGCGCUCCCUACAUUCGAUGAACUGCCAAGUUUUCAUGAUUUCAAGGGAUGCGCAUGGGACGUAUGGGGCAAGGAUGAUGAGCUAGGCACGAUUAACCUACUCACUCCCGAGGUAGUGGCACGAGCUGCUCAGGAGGAGAUUCGGCCAAUCCACUUCCCCUCGAGGCCCGUUUUCGAGCGUAAGAUCCCUUCCAUCACUACCUUCGCGAAGUACGGCUCCACCGUACCUAUCCGGGAUGACAUUAUCCAUAUAAACACACAAUCAGGUUCCCAGUGGGACGGUUUGAAGCACUAUGGGUUAACAGAACACAAUGUGUUCUACAACAACACUCCCGCCGAAAUCCUCUCUGAGGGCGAAAUGGAAUUACACGAUCCGAGUGAGAUCGACCAUUCGAAAGUUAAACUUGGGAUACACAACUGGGCUAAUCAUGGCAUAAGCGGCCGCGGCGUUCUCCUGGAUGUGGUAAGGUAUUACACGGCCAAUGGCGAAGCCCUACCUUACGAUCCCUGGACGAGCCAUCCAAUCACUGUUGCCGAAUUAGAGGCUAUCGCGAAGAAACAAGGGGUUGAGUUCCGACAAGGCGACAUUCUUCUCUUGCGCGUCGGGUUCAUCCAAAAAUACUAUGCGAGCACUAAUGAAGCAAAGGCCGAUUUGAGAGGUGGCUCAGAAAAGGAAACAUUCGCUGGAAUAGAACAAAGUGAAGAUAUGAAACGAUUCCUCUGGAAUAAUCAUUUUGCUGCUAUCGCAUCUGACCAGCCAUCUUUGGAGCGCUGGCCUGCGCCAAUGGGAACACAACUUCACCAGACAAUUCUCGGCCUAUAUGGAAUGCCUAUUGGCGAAUUCUUUGAUCUUGAGGCUCUCUCUAAAUUGUGCCAAGAGACGGGUCGCUAUACGUUCUUUUUCACGUCCUGGCCUUUGAACAUUCUGGGCGGCGCCGCGAGCCCCCCCAACGCUGCCGCAUAUUUCUGA